AUGUCAAUCAAAAUACUGAAACAGCUGAAAAAAAAUCUUGUGAAGCACAAUCCAGAUCUCUGCUUUUCUGUUCUUAUGCUUUCUUUUAGAUCAGGACUCCCUGACAUGGAGAAGCUGCUGGAUACUGUAAUAACUCCAGGCCAGAUCUCCUGCUUUAUAAAUAUGCUCCGGUGUUCCAGUGCACCACCGCCCUCCUGUGAAAGCUACUGUGAGAAGAGUACCGAUUCAAGUGGAAUUCUUUGGAUUUGUUUGGGCAUAGGGUUGAUUUUAAUAUUCACUCUGUUUACCUUAAUGGUCCUGUUUAAAUGGAAGCACCUAAAGCAACUAAAAGAAAAACUGGAAAACACAGACUCCUCUGUGGAGCCGAAUAAUAUUCUCAAGGCUAAUACUGAAAGCAGUGUGAAUUCAGAAGAAAUUAGACACACACUUCCAAGUGAAACAUUAAUGUAUUCAGUGGAAGAAUGCACUUGCAGUGACUGUGGCUUGGUAAAACCUCAGACUGGCUGUGAAACUUCAUUCCCAUUACCAGCUACUGAAGAACGAGCUGCUGUUCUAGUUACCACCAAAUCUUGUGAUUAUUAUAACUAUGUUCUGGGUGUUGGAUGA